AUGAGCGGCUGGGAAUCUCCCAAUAUGGAUCAUCAUUCUUAUGAACAACCAGGCGAAUACAAUCAAUUUAUACUAAAACAAAAUUGGACAUCUAGUAUAUUUCGAGAAGAAGCAGCACUACUUCAUAAAUUAGUUACGGGCAAUGACAAAGCACCUGAAUAUGUUACAAACACUGAAACCCAACGUCAAUAUCAACAUCCAACUGUUAAAAGUGUAGAACAUUUGAAACAUAUUGAAGAAAAUGAUCAUGGUCGUCAUGCUUAUAGACCUGAUCGAGAUGCACCAAAUGGAAUUUUGCCAACAUUCAAUGCCAAAGCGUAUCCAAAAGUUAUUCCACGUUUUCAUUUACCUAAAAUGCCCUAUUAA